AUGGCAGGAGAGAAGUCCAACUUGAGUCGGUUGAGCGGCGGCGCGGAGAAUGGGUCCCUUCCACGGUGGAGCGUUCGGUGCAGACUUAUUUACAACGAGGAGCGGCAGAGGAAAUUGUGGAGUCUGAUGAGCCCAGGCGGUCCCCUGCGGUCAUCACGUCGCAGCAGCGAGGUGAUGCGUUAUUACAUCUUUCCAAAACUUUUGCGACUCCUCGCGCCGCAAUACCACCUACAGCAUUAUGCAGCCGUUAUCGUCCUCGACACCUCUCACACCCGCUUCCCUGUGAGCUAUGAGCCUCUGCGACUGGAGAAGAACUACUCCCCUCUGUAA